AUGGCCUCGUUUCUCUCCCUCUCGCUUCCCCUGCACUGGAGGAUCCGGGAUGCGCUUGUCGAGAGCAACGACCUUGACCUGCCGAGCAAGCUAGCGGCGCUGAGCAGCCUGAUUAGAACCUGUCAUCUUGCCUACCACAUCUACUACGCGUCGCUGUACAGGAUUGCGCCCGUCGACUGGCCCCAACUCUCCCUGCUGUGCGGUGCGGCCAAUGGCUCACUCCGUGCGAUGGAGCACGCCGUGGCGUGUGGAGCAGACAUCAACUGGUUCGGCGACGUGGGCAUCCUGCCCGAUCCCCGGCUAGACCCCGGCGCCAGGGUCACACUGCGGCAUCUCCGGGACUCAUCAUACCCAUCGAUUCGACACAAGGGGACAGCGCUGCACCUAGCCGCCAUGAUGGGUCAGGACGAAGCCGUCGAGUGGCUCGUGGACCACGGCGCGAAGCUCAAUGCCCAGUCCCGGAGUCUCUGUGCCUGCCGCCCAGGAUGCCCGCCCCAACUACAGGCAUGGCCUGAGUCGAAAAUGUGGCAUCCCAUCCAUACCGCCCUCUGUCACGGGCAGGUCUCUACAUUCAUGACCCUGGCGAGGAAAGGGGCAUCGAUAGACGCCGUCUGCGUUGGCCGAUACCGGACGGGCCGAUACCCCACGGCGCUGCACCUGGCGGCGUAUGCCGGGAACUGGCAGAUCGUCGACUACAUCCUCGCGCAUCCGGGCGCCGAAUCGCGCGUCCGAGCGACCGUGGACGGCAAGACCGCUCUGCAGCUCGCCUGCCAGGGGCCACACCACGGCGGCACGAGAGAAGGCCGCGCAUACAUCAUGCGACGGCUAGUCCAGCACGGAGCCCGGCUGGGUGACUCUGCCGAGGAGUGCGAGGUCUUGGCUGGUUACCUCGAAGUCGGCUACUUUGGAGCAGUUGUGGACCUCCUGAAAUCCGGCGCAUACCCCCGGCUCACCUGGGACGCUUGCCGGGAGCUGCUGCAUCGGACUCUGACACCGCCUAUCACGUUUCAUCUCGACAAGGACAGAUACAGCGUCGCUUACGCCGAGCAGCGUGAGCUGGUGAGGUUUCUCGCUCAGAUGGGCGCCGACGUGAACACCUUGUGGGAGGACGACUGCGGCGGCGCCACGCCGCUCAUGCUUGCCGCCCACCCUGCCCAGCCAGACUCCGUGGCUAUCGAGAUGAUCAAGCUCGUUCUCGAGCUGGGCGGCAACCCUACGGCUACCAACCAAGCCGGCAUGACCGUUCUCCACCACUUCGUCAAGACGCUGACGGAUGAGUUUACCGUGUCCGAGGGACGAUACCUGCUGCCGCUGUUGACCCUUCAGUACCUGCUCGGGGAGGAUGUCAUGGCGAGACUCGAUGCAAGGGACUGCGAAGGGAAGACUGCGCUGGACUAUGUAUAUGACGCCUUGGACGCGGGGAUCAAGAACUCUGGAGGACAAUGCGCCUAUGCGCGGGGGAUGCCGCUGGAAGCACGGUUUGGACCAGGGCAAGCAGCGGAGCAGUGGCAGCGGCAGGCUGUGCGGUUACUUGAGGCCAUGUUGGCCCACGCCCGAGCGCCCAUCCCACCGCCGGUAUUUGCGAUAGAGACUGAGCGGCUCAAGACUGCCAGACGUCGCAUCUUUGGAGACUGA